AUGUGCAUCGCAUUGAUCUCAACAGCCCACCCAUCAUACUCCUUGAUCGUAAUCGACAAUCGAGAUGAAUUCCUUCACCGGCCUACAUCCGCGCCAGACUGGUGGCCGGAACCAUCUUCGCAUGUCCUCGGAUCACGCGACCUCGCCCGAUCUACGCACGGCACUUGGAUGGGCGUCACCAAGCAUGGGAAGUUAGCCGUGCUAACAAAUUAUCGCGAAGACAAAGCCAGUGAAGCUAUUGGGGUUUUCAGCCGUGGCCUCAUCGUCAACAACUGGCUGACUAGCCCCCCAAACCGACAAGAAGCCACUCGGGAAUUUGUGCAAGCCAUCGUGGCCAGCCCGGAAGCCAAGCAAGUGGGCGGAUUCAGUCUAGUGUGCGGGCACAUCAACGAACCCCUCGCCAUAGUCUCCAACCGAGCCUCUGACAUGGACCAUAUCACUUGGGUAGCUACGGAGAAGAACCAGACCCGUGGACUGAGCAACACCAGCGUAGACGAUCGAAGUUGGCCUAAGAUCAUCGAUGGCGAGAAGCUGAUGGAAUCUGCGAUUGCGGACCACGUGCAAGCAGAAGAAGACGAAGGUGCCUUGAUUGAUCGACUGUUACAGGUCCUCAGCACAGAUACUUUGCCUCGGUUGUCAGAAGAGAACGCCACUAUCGAUACAUAUAUUCACCAUCUGCGCAAGAGUAUUUUCAUCCCGGUCAUCGGUUCAGCCAAUGAUCUCAAUCAAACCGCAGAGAAAGCUGCCGCCCGGGUGGAAGAUACCAUCACUCCUUCCAACGGCCCUGUGGACCAAAGCUAUACGUGCGGCUCUUACGGAACGCAGAAGCAGACUGUUCUGCUGGCACGACGGGACGGACGAGUACGGUACUUUGAGAGGACGUUGUAUGACAACAAUGCUCAGGCUGUCCCACUCGGACAAGGUGACCAUUCAUUUGAAUUUGACAUUACCCAAGCCUCAACGCAAGAUAGACUAUAA